CUACACAUCGACAAAACAAAAUCAAUCAGUCAAAUUCGAAGGAAAACAGCAAGUGCUUUAUAAAAUGUCCAAACAAUAUGGUCUUAUCAUUCCCGGAAAACAAAAGAAACCAGAUGUUGUGCCAGCAACAGCGCGACCAGUUGCGAAACCAUCUAUUUUUGAUGAAAGUUCCUCAGAUGAUGAUAACAGACCGCAGUUUAAACCACGAAAUAGUAUCGUACAAGGACCAAGUUUAAUGGAACGCCGAAUCGCGCGUAAUAUGCAAGAGAAGGCAUUGAAAGAAGAUCCCACAAUUUUUCAGUAUGAUGAACUUUACGAUGAAAUGGAGAAUAAGCGUGAUCAGGAGGAAGAGGUUAAAAGUAAGGAACCGAAGAAACCCAAAUAUAUUGGGCGCUUAAUGGAGUUUGCUGAACGACGUAAAUUGGAAAAUGAACUUCGAGUGGAAAGACAAGUACAGAAGGAAAGAGAACAGGAGGGUGAAGAAUUCAAAGACAAAGAAAGUUUCGUUACGUCUGCUUAUCGGAAAAAAUUGGAGGAAAUACGUAAGCUGGAAGAACAAGAAAAGCGUGAUGAGUAUCUAGAAGCUAUUGGUGAUGUAACCAAACAAAAAGAUUUAGAUGGCUUUUAUAGACAUUUGUUUGAACAAAAAACUGGUUCUACAAAAGCGGUGAAAAAGCCAGAACUACCCGUUGUUACCUCCGCAGGUGAUGAUGGUGAUGUAUCAUACAAGCCAAUAAAAUCUGGCAAACUAUCUCAACAACGUACUUACCGUAAACGCCGAGCAUCUGAUGAUGUCGAAGAGGCAGGAACAACUGCAGAAGCUGAUAGCAAAAAGGUUCAUUUGCCAAAUAAUAUCGAUGCAGAUUCUGACUUUAGUAUAGAUUCAUCUACUGAUGAUGAAGGCGAUGCCAAAGAGAGUUCUUCACACAAAAACCAAACGACACUACCGGAUGUCUGCCCGCAGAAUAUCGCUCUUAAUUUAGAUGCAUUGAAAAAGGAAACAACCGAGGAAAAACUUGAAAAACCCGCAAAAGAAGAAAAAAGCGAGGCGAUCGCAGAGACUGAUGCCAGUGAGACUAAUAAUGUUCCUCCCAAAGUUAAAAGAGAUAAGAGAGAAGUAUGGGAAAAGCGUACGGUGGGUGGGCUUUUUGACGCUGCUGUUAAACGUUACUAUGAACGAAAGGCGGCAAGGAGUGCGUAAAUUGAUAAUAUAAGUAUUUAUGUAUGUAGAAUUUAAAGUGAACUAAUCUCUAAGUAAGCAAUAAAUUUUAAAAAAUUCCAUAAAAAA